GUCUGACAUUUUAUUGUGUUUGUAAAAAUUGUAAAAUUGUAAUUGGAUUUUGUAGGUGGGGAAGAUAAACAGUCCUUAAAUUAAUCAUACAAUGCUUUUACUUGGCUAAUACAAAUGAAAUGGCGUUUUUAGAAAGGCGUCGAUUUACGUUCUUUGACGUGCAUAACAAUGUUGAUGGUGGAAAAAUUGCAGAAUGCCUUCAGGAUACAUCUGUGUCAGCAACAACUAAUGGACAUAAUCACAUUAUCAUAUGUGAUGUCACGGGCAUGGCUCACAUCAUCUCCCGAUCUUGGGAGAUCCUGUCAUUCAAAGCCUAUGAGCUGACAAUAACACUGGCACAACAGUUGCCACAUGACCCUUAUUUAGUUACCAUUGGGGAUGAUGAUCCAGGAAUUAAUCCAUUCAUUAAAGUGUGGGACUGGUCCCGGAGUGAUAGGGAUCCUACAUGCACCCGAGUGUCAAGAGCAGUGCCGUCACACCUGAGAGCCACACCUGCCACCGCUCUGGCGGUACAUAAUAAGAAUCUCUUUGCGGUUGGUUUCCAAGAUGGUUCGGUGUCGUUGUUCCGCGGUGAUAUAUCCAGACAGCGCAGUGGAAAGAUGAAUACUCUGCCUGACUCUGGUACUAGUCCAAUCACUGGACUGGCAUUCAAGGGUGCAGAUAAGCUGUUUGUAGUUAGCCGGUCCGCUACACUGGUGUAUCGGCUGGGCGAGGAACGCUGUGUCACUCUGGAUGCGAUGGGUGCAGCGCCACAGUGCAGCGUACUUACUGACAGGCAGUGUUUCACCGUUGCAGCAACAGAUGCAAUAUAUUGUUAUACCGCUGAAGUACGUGGUCCAUGUUAUGCAUUGGCCGGUGAGAAAGUUCUCAUCAAUUGGUUCCGUAACUAUUUAAUAAUAGUCACCAAUGAAAUACCAACGAAAACUGCACCGUCCACAAGCACUACGGUCACAAAAUCACAUCAUCUCACUAUAUUAGACAUACAGAACAAAUUUAUAGUAUUUUCUAAAACUUUUGAUGGUAUCGAAGCUGUUUUAACUGAAUGGGGAUCAUUUUAUAUACUAACUAAGAGUAAAGAGAUGAUAUUCCUUGAAGAGAAGGACCUUCAGUCUAAAUUGACGUUGCUAUUCAAAAAGAACCUUUAUGACGUCGCAAUAAGGAUAGCGAGCAGCCAGCAUUAUGAUGUUGAAGGGUUGAUGGAGAUUUAUAAACAGUAUGGCGAUCAUUUGUAUAGUAAGGGUGAUCUAAAAAGUGCAAUAGAACAAUACGUCAAAACUAUAGGUUGGUUAGAAACAUCCUAUGUUAUACGUAAAUAUCUAGAAUCAAGACAUCUGGAGUCACUGGUACAAUACCUAGAAGAACUACAUAAGAAAGGUUUUGCGACUGAGGACCAUACAACUUUGUUACUAACAUGUUAUGUGAAGAUAGACCAACAUGAUCAACAAGGAAAACUUAAAGAAUUCAUCAAUUCUAAAGAUAAAAGUAUUGAUUUUGAUGUCGAUGUUGCUAUUAAAGUUGUCCGUCAAGUGAGUGUAGACGACGCUCUAUCAUUAGCUUCGAACCACAAACGACACGAUUGGUAUCUUAAAAUAGUGUUGGAAGAUAAAAAGGAAUACAAGACCGCACUGGAUUACAUCGCGGAUCUAGAGUUUGAUGAUGCGGAUAUGUACAUGAAGAAGUACGGACACAAACUGAUUCAACACGAACCAAAGGAGUGCACUAAACUAUUGAAAUUACUGUGCACUGACUACAAGCCUCGCAACAAGCCGCUGGUAGAUGAAGAUUCUCUAAUCGGAGUGCACAGAGAACCUGACAGGGCUCUCCCCGAUGAGUACAUCCACAUGUUCCUCAACAACUCGGAGGACCUCAUAGAGUUUCUGGAGCAUAUGGUCUCGUGCGCAGACCUCAAGUGUUCCAGUCUAGUCUACAAUACCCUCAUAGAACAUUACAUACAUGUCUGGGCUAAAGCGGAACCAGAUGACAAGUCUCAGAAAGCGCUGAAAGUGUACAAUGUGCUGAAAGACCCCGAGGCCAACUAUGACAGGGACCAGAUGUUGAUCAUUUGCCAAAUGUUUAACUUUAAAAUUGGCAUAUUACAUUUGUAUGAAGAGAAGAAAUUAUGGCGUGCGACACUUGCGCUGCACAUGCGCAGUGGCACACCGGACGUGGCGCUGGAGGUGUGCCGGCGACGUGGCGCAGCCUGCCCCCAGCUGUGGCGGGACUUGCUGCACGCCUCGCCCCCGCCCCCGCCCCGCUGUCUGCCCGAACCUCUACAAGUACUCGCAAGUGAGAAGCUACUCUCGCCUAUUCUAGUCAUUGAUUGUCUCACAAGCACUCAGUCAUACACACUGGGAGAUGUACGCAAAUAUUUAAUGGAUGUACUGAAAUCAGAAGAGGAGGUGAUAAACAGAGAAAGAGAACUGUCCGCUAAAUACAAGAGCGAGACUGAGAAGAUGAAGAGUCAGAUAGAAGUGAUCCAGAACGAACCUAUCACCUUCCAAAGUUCCCGCUGCGCCGCAUGCAAUGGAUCUCUGACACUGCCCUCCGUACACUUCUUCUGCCAACACUCUUUCCAUCAACACUGUUUCCAGAGCUAUUCGGAGUGCGAGAGCGAGUGUCCAGCUUGCGCUCCGCCUCGCCCGCCCGCGCCACCGCCACACACCGCGGAGACAUUGCACUCCCGUCUGUACAAGGACCACGACCCAUAUGCAGUGGUAUCAGAAUAUUUUGGCCGUGGUUUGUUCAACAAGCUGACGGUGGUAACAGAAGGUGGACAGGAGGGCGUGGCCCCGCCCCCAGCCACGCCCCUCGCACCGCUCGCCCCGCCCACUCAGCAGACAUACGGACCUGGUGCUGAAGCUAAACUACGAUUGCAAGAAGGACAGAGUAAACAAGUAUUCGUAACAAAUACAGCUAAGCAGCAGGUGCCGAAAGGCACUGCGGUAGUGCCGGUACCUGAGGGCAGAAUGCGGCUGUUGGAGCAGCAGCAGUAUUCAUCCAGCCUGGAGGCCAACAUGCAGCAGCUGCAGCCAACAGCAAACAAGAAAUUCCAAGAGCCUAAUGUCUCUCCUAAGAUAUCAUCAGCGAUAACCAAUGGGGCGAAUAAAAAUCCUUUCAAAGACGACACAUACGACGAAAGUAAGAAUCCGUUCUCAGACGACGACAAAGAUCCGAGCAACCCUUUCGCAGAAGACGAUGAUUAUGACAAAAAUCUUAACCCUUUUUCGUGAGUUUACGUAACGACUUGU